UAUUCUAGGCACUAUACGUAUGCUGUCUCCAUAGGGCUGUCACUGUGGGCCCGUCUCCUUGCACCGUGGCUGGUGGUACUGUGCGAUUUGAGGCGGUUUAAUUGUUACUCUUACGCAUCAUCCAGUUCUAGUGUUUCCUGUGUUAGAUGUUGCUUGCGAACUUCGCCAGAUCAUUCGCCAGCAGCCUUCAUAUGACGCAGUUAUAACGGUCAUCGGAGAUCACGCCUGAAGACUGCGCUAUGACUCGUGAGGAGCAUCAAGAACUCGUCGCCGUGAUCAGAAGCGUUCACGAAAAACUAAGGCUCGAUUACCAGACAAAUGGAGAUGGGGACCAGGUUUGGAGGGACCACUGUGAAGACAUAGAGACGAGAAGCAAAUAUGCUGAGAGCAUGCUUCAGCUGGCCACAACCAUUUGGCCUUACAAGGACCGCAUCGAGUGGUGCUACCACACGAUGAGGGAGUACUUCUUUGGUGGCGGCCUCGAGCGCAGCCUGCGAAGGUACUACAGGAAAAUGGGUCUGCCAUGUUCCGAGUCCAUGCUCGAGCAAGCCAGAGAAGUCCUGGGAUUUGCUGAGGAAAAGGUGCGGCUUCUGGACGUUGGAAGUUGCUACAACCCUUUCAGUGCUUAUGGAGAUGUUGAUGCCCUUGCCAUCGAUUUGACACCUGCUACAGAGGAUGUCAUACAGUGCGACUUCUUGAAGCUGAUGGUUGUGCCCGGACAGGACGAGAAGGCAGCCAGCAGUGUUAAAACACCUCUGGAGGCACUGCCCGAGGGCAGCUUCCAGGCAGUUGUUUUCUGCCUCGUCCUCGAGUACUUACCAUCCUGCACACAGCGAUGGUCCUUCUGCCGUAAGGCAGCCUUACUGCUUAAGCCUAACGGUCUACUAUUCAUUGUGACACCAGACUCCAAACACCAGCGACGAAAUGCUGCCAUGAUUGCAAGCUGGCGAAGAGCACUUGAGCACAUUGGACUUCUCAGAGUUCGCUACGAGAAGAGGCAGCACCUGCAUUGCAUGGCUUUUAGGAAACACGCUCAUCAUCAGACAGACGAAAGAUGUGACCUAAGUAUCACCGAACACCAAGGAACUGUAAUGGAGGAGGUGUGUAGAGGUGACGCGUGUACACAUGACUUGAGAAAUUUAAUGCACCGCUCUGAUGGUUCAGCGAUUAGCAACAAAGAAAAUGUUGCCUCACGUAUCAUCCGCACAGCAAAUGACAGCAGAGGUAGUAUGGCUGAACGUUACAGUAAGACAUCUGGCGCUGAGCAUGAGGGAGCAGACAAAGAACGUCCAAGCUCCAAUGUUGCAGAAUCAAGUAUGAGUGUGACAAAGUCUGUUGCUGAGCACACAGAUGAAGGUUUGAGAAAAGCAGCAGUAGUAGCCAAUGCACCUGCAAGCAACAUUAGUGCGAGAUACCAGAGCGAUACGGUAGACAUGGGAGUCAACAAAAGUUUCGCAGAUACUGCGGAGUCUCACAUUCAUAGUGUAUGUGCAAGUGAUUUCACUGCUCAUGAAGAAAGCAUUGCUCAGCUAAUGUACAUACCGCAGGACUCACGGGACUAUGUGGCUUUGUUCACCAGGAACACUACUGAGGAGCGGACUAGCGCUGAAGACAUUUCUCUGAAAGAUGGGUUUCUGGAGCUUCCGCAUUUAGAUGACACGUAAAAUAAAUAUGUGUGUUGCUUUGCUCUAUUGAA